UACUCAAGGGGAGGAGGCGUGGUCGGCCGGCGUAGGUCCGCCCCUUCAGCCUACAGGUACCCAGCUAGUAAGUGGCAGAACCUCAGAGACUCAUGCAAAGGUGGACCACCAAAAAUAUCUACAAAUUAGACGGGGUCACGGGUAUACUGAAAGGCACUUGAUCAAGAGAAAUCUGGGGGAAGCUGGAAACCAUCAAGUUAUUGAGGCCACACAGGGCAGAAAAGAUAGAAAUAUAGAAGAUGAUAACACAUUUACUGCUGUCCCGAAUGGCCUUCAGGGAUAUUGCUGUGCUUCUAAAAAAACAGAGCUGACUGCUUUAAACAGGCUACUGACCUCAUCAAGGAAAGAAAGUUUAUCAGUUUCUUCCUAAACCUCUUAGAAAUAACAGCAUAUCUUAAUCUGGGACUUCCCCUGGGCCACAGGCCAUGAUGGAUGUGCACCUCGAUACUCCUGAGAGUCAGGAGAACGCAAGCAACAAUGGCAAGGGAAGCAGCGGCACAGGAAACCAGCAAGAUGUUGCUAUGAGGACAGAUUCAUCGAAAAUGACUGAUGUGGAGCCCGUGGUCAACAAUUUUGCAUCUUCAGCAAGGACAGGCCGCCGGAAUGCGGUGCCAGACAUCCAGGGCUCAGCGGGGACAGGUGGAAUCUCGGAGUUGCCCCUCAGACUGGAGGCCCUCUCCAUGGAGGAAGAUAUAAAAAAGAAAGAUGAAGAAACAACACAAUGCCAAUUGGAAAAGCCCCCAAAAGAAGAAAAAUGAAGGCUCAUAAACUAUCAAAAGUGCUGAAUUUCUGUAAACUGAAAGACUUAGUGGCCCUGCUUUCCUGAGAUGUUUGAUCUGGUAGUAACUAUGGUAACAUUGCAGCCCUAAGCAACACGUGUGUAUUAGAUAAUUUUGUUGUGAUGCUACUCACUUGGAAUGCAACCACAAUGUCCGAUGUAGGCUAUUAAAAGGCAUAUUACUUCCAAAUUGCACCCAAGGAAAAGGUUAAGAAUGUAUGGUCACUUAUAUACAUAUCAUUAUCUAUAAACCCAACAAAAUCCACUGUUCUCUUUUGGAUUUACUUAGCCAGAUGUAUUUUUAAUUCUGUUUUUAUGGUAAUGGGCAAACCAUUUUCUUAGUAAAUAUAAAACAAACACCAUUCAUUUAAAACUAUGGAAUUUGUAGGGCAGUAUUUUUUUUUUUGGAUGAGAAGGAAUAAUAGUCAAAAACACAUAGAGAACAUUUGUUUUUAAAGCAAAAAUGCACUAUUUUUCCCCAAACCCUAAAAUGAUUUGGAAAAAUUGCAAAACUUUGACAACUUAAAUAUCUUUAGGAUAUUUUUGUUUGAUGUAUUUUGCUUCUAGUCUAUGCAUACUGUGAUUUUUCUUAUAGACUCUUAAAAUACAAAAUUUGUGACAAAUUGUUUAUAUGGAACAUACCUAUUAAAAUGAAUUUCACUAUCUUCCUUAACUUUGGUGUAUGUGUGUGCAUAUGUUUUUCUUUAAUAAGACUUAUUCAAAACACUUUACUAGUUGCUUUAUACUGUCUUUUCCUUUCUUAGGGCUUAUGUGUAUUGUGACUUGUUUCUGAAAUGAUUUCCUCAGGAAUGCAGACCAUCAUUUUUAUAUCUUCCCUAAAGUAACUAACAUGACACAAAUAUUUAGUGAAUGUUGUAGGUAGAAAUAGCAAAAUACUUGCUUUUAAUAUAUAUUUAAGUAUAUAUUUUAAAAGGAACAAAAGCAAAACCAAAGUUAUAGUAAAUUUUAUUAGACAUUUUAGAAAAAUAGUAAAAUUCUGAAUUUUUAGAAAAUGGACUAAUGAAUUUAUUUUAAUUUUCAGAUAUAUAUGCAUGCAGUUAUAUUUUAUUUGAUUGUUGACUUAGGCCAUGUCUGUAUACAGUAAUCAAAUAAACUCUUCACUGCUCAAGAAA